GACGCAGAGCACCACACUGUUGCCGCUGCUGUGUACUGCACUAGCAAAUGUAGUCAUUCAGAAGAAUGUAAGCUCCCUCGGAUCAAGGGCACAGCCCACUCUUUCGUCAGAUUCCUACGCUCAGCCCACCUUCAAAGUAAAGCUAAAGGACAAUGGAAGCAAAGCUGCAUCCACAAAAAAGAGGCAGCCUGAUCCAUUUCCAGAGCGUUUCUGAAACAGAGGAAGAGCUGACACCCUCACAGCUUCUCCGUGCUAUCUUCUGCUGAUCUCAUCUCUCAGUUUCACUAGAGCUGAUUUCAGGGAGAAGAAAUCUGAUAAUUCUUAAAAAGGACCCAAUUCUUGGAAUGAGAAUAUUGCCAUCAUGAGUCAACAAGGUUAUGUUGCAGCUCCUCCGUAUUCCCAAUCCCAGCCAGGGAUAGGAGGCUUUUCUGCAGGUUUUGGACCACCUAGUCCUUCACUUCAUUAUGGGCAUUACGGGGACCCUAAUUCAUCAUACUCAGCACCUCAACCAGGUAUUCCAAAAUCAACUGCGCCUUUAGGAUCUUCGGCUCCCGUUGGGCCUCCACCACCUGGUACGCACCAGUUCAACCAGACCAACUUCCACAAUGGGCCCAGUGUGCCAGGACAACAGCCACAUAGGUUUCAAGGCCCUCCACCUCCAAGCAAUACUGGACCUUCCUAUGCUCCCUACAGUCCUCAGUCACAACCAGCUUACUCAAAUUCUGCAUCCACGUCAUCUACAACACAACUUGCUAACCAGCUCAACAGUAUGCAGCUAAAUAGCUAUGGUCCUGGCACUGCUCCGAGCUCUUGCAUGUCUUCUGGGCAUCCAACGUCUUUUCAGGGUCCACAGUUACCACCACCGACCCGGCAGCAAAUUGCUUUACCACCUGGAUCGCAGGUUCCUCCACUAGCAAACAAUGUUAAUGGACUUGGUGCUCCACCAUCAUUGCCUCCUAUGGCCAGACAGGAUGGGAUCACUGGAUCUGUCCCCCCAAAUCCUAACUUAGGACAGCCUCCAGGGCCUGGAUAUCAUCCUCAGCAAGCAAACUAUGGUCCUCAGAUGGCAGGAUCUCAGCUGCCUUAUCCUGGUGCUUUUCCUGGGGGUCCAGCACAGCUUUCGGGUCCACCGCAGAAAAAACUUGAUCCUGACUCUAUUCCAAGCCCAAUUCAGGUAAUUGAAAACGAUAAAGCUUCUAGGGGCGGACAGAUCUAUACUACAAACCUAAAAGGACAGGUUCCUCCUCUUGUCACCACAGACUGCGUGAUCCAAGACCAAGGCCAUGCCAGCCCUCGUUAUAUCCGAUGCACUACCUACUGCUUCCCAUCAUCUUCAGAUAUGGCCAAACAGGCUCGCAUUCCACUGGCAGCUGUCAUCCAGCCUUUUGCUGUUGUUCCAACAAAUGAGGCACCUCUUUAUGUGGUAAACCAUGGUGAGACUGGACCAAUCCGAUGCAACAGGUGCAAAGCUUAUAUGUGUCCCUUCAUGCAGUUUAUUGAAGGUGGAAGAAGAUACCAGUGUGGGUUUUGCAAUUGUAUAAAUGAUGUCCCUCCGUUCUUCUUUCAACAUCUGGACCACAUUGGCCGACGGGUAGAUCACUAUGAACGGCCCGAGCUGUCUCUGGGAUCUUAUGAAUAUGUUGCCACUUUGGAUUAUUGCCGAAACAACAAGCCUCCAAAUCCACCAGCUUAUAUCUUCAUGAUUGAUGUAUCACACAGAAACAUAAACAGUGGCCUAGUCAAACUCAUAUGUGAUGAACUGAAGACUCUGCUAGAUAAGCUUCCAAGGGAAGAGCAAGAAGAAACCUCAGCAAUUCGAGUUGGGUUUGUCACUUAUAACAAGGUCCUUCACUUCUUUAACGUAAAAAGCAGCUUAGCCCAACCUCAGAUGAUGGUGGUUUCAGAUGUUGGAGAAGUUUUUGUUCCUUUGCUGGAUGGCUUCCUUGUUAACUUUCAGGAAUCACGAUCUGUUAUUAUCAACUUGUUGGACCAGAUUCCAGAGAUGUUUGCAGACACCAAUGAGAGUGAGACGAUCUUUGCUCCUGUUAUCCAGGCUGGCAUGGAGGCGCUCAAGGCUGCAGAAUGUGCUGGAAAACUGUAUAUCUUCCAUUCCUCAUUGCCAACUGCGGAAGCACCAGGGAAGCUGAGAAACAGAGAUGACAAAAAACUACUCAAUACAGAUAAAGAAAAGACACUCUUCCAGCCCCAGGUAAACUUGUAUGAGGCCUUAGCCCGGGAUUGCGUGGCUAACGGCUGCUGUGUGAAUCUGUUCCUCUUCCCGAAUCAAUAUGUGGAUGUAGCCUCCAUGGGUCUCGUCACAAUGUACACUGGAGGAACCUUGUACAAGUACAACAAUUUCCAGCUCGGUUCUGACAGCCCACAGUUCUUAAGUGACCUCAGGAGGGACAUAGUAAAAAAGACCGGAUUUGAUGCAAUAAUGAGAGUUCGGACAAGUACAGGCUUCAGGGCUACAGACUUCUUUGGUGCUGUUUACAUGAACAAUACCACAGAUGUAGAGAUGGCAGCAGUUGACUGUGACAAGGCAGUGACAGUGGAGUUCAAACAUGAUGACAAACUGAAUGAAGACACUGGAGCCUUAAUUCAGUGUGCUGUCCUCUACACAUCAAUAAGUGGGCAAAGACGACUUCGCAUACACAAUAUAGGUUUAAAUUGUAGCUCACAGUUAGCUGAUGUCUACAAGACUUGUGAGACUGAUGCACUUAUCAACUUCUUUGCUAAGUCAGCUUUUAAGGCCAUUCUAAGCCAACCCCUGAAGACAGUCAGAGAGAUCCUGGUGAAUCAGACAGCUCACAUGCUGGCGUGUUACAGGAAGAACUGUGCCAGCCCAUCGGCAGUGAGCCAGCUCAUCCUCCCAGAUGCGAUGAAGGUGCUGCCUGUGUACCUGAACUCUCUGCUGAAGAGCUGCACACUAGUUGGCAGACCAGAAAUUCCAACUGACGAGAGAACCUACCACCGACAGCUGGUCAUGGCUAUGGGGGUGGCCGACACACAGCUCUAUUUUUAUCCCCAGCUUCUGCCAAUUCACAGCCUGGAUCUGAAGAGUGACGCUGUCCCAGCUGCAGUCCGCUGCUCAGAGGAACGUCUCUCCGAAGGAGGGGCCUUCAUUCUGGCCACUGGGCUGAGUAUGUUCCUAUGGCUGGGAGUCAGCGCACCCCCAGAGCUCAUCCAAGGGCUUUUCAACGUGCCGUCCUUCGCACACAUCAGCACAGAGGCUACACUGCUGCCUGACCUGGACAACCCAGUUUCUAAGAAACUUAAGUCAAUACUGGAGCGUAUCCAGAGCCACAAGCCCUACACUAUGAAGCUGAUAAUAGUGAAACAGCGGGAGCAGCCAGAGAUGCUUUUCCGACAGUUCCUAGUAGAAGACAAGAGUAUUUAUGGAGGAGCUUCUUAUGUGGAUUUCUUAUGCUGUGUUCACAAAGAGAUCUGCCAGCUGCUCAGUUAAGACAAAUUGAGUAAAAAUUUGUCAGUUGCUUUUUGGUUUUGCAAGAGGGAGAGUCAUUGGUGCCGGAAGGCUGGCCCACAGCUCCACCAUACCCAGGCAUUCUCCUGUGCUUUAGUGAACCUUUUCUGUGCUCUUCUUGUACAGUUUCAUUUCACACAAUCUUACUAUUUAGUUCACUUAUUAAGCUGUAGAAUAGAAUAUUCUGCACUCAGGUAUUAAUCUUCUGGGAGUCUCGAGUCUUUAAGCUGAACUGCCAGAUUUCAACCUGUCAAUGUUUAAGAGCAUAUGGUAUACAUUUUCAAAUAUCAAAAUAUAAUUUAGAGAACUCUUUAAUUAUUCCUUGUGCUCAUCAUAAGUUGUAUGAGUGCCAGGAAAGAUCUCACAAUCUAUACAGAAGAGGAAAAGAAUACAAAACACAGCUUUUUCUAAGUGAGGGCACACAGCUGAAUCACACUUGCAGUAAUCAUGUAGUUCAAUCUGAGUACUUAAAAGUCCUCAAUGUAAAGCUAAUCUCUAAAAGAUAAUCCCCUUUUUUCCUGGAAGGGACUUUCUACAGAAACAGAGCUCUGAGUAACCUUCUCCACCAGGGGUUAUCCAGGACACAGAAGUGCCUCACUUUAUAACUGGACUUAAGUUUAACGACAAUGGACCACAGGAAGAGUAGUACUCAAACAGUCCUUAUCCUGAGUUAGGCAGGUAGUGCCACACUAGUGCGGUACAAGUCACUGGUCUUAAAGCAGCAAUUAUUUUAGCAUACUAUUUAAUUACAUCUCCAAAACUGAACAUGUUAGGUUUUAUUUGGUAUGCUUGCUAACUGGAAUAUUCCCAGUACAACUUAGAUAAACGUCUGUCCAUCAAAUUUUCAGUGGCAGGUCAACCACAAGACAGUUGACACAUUAACCAAAUGUUAUAUGUGGUGCUACAAAAAGCAAGCCUUUUGUUUAACACCAGUGCUAUCUAUUACAUGACUGAUUCAUUCAACAGUCACUACUUUGAAAAACAAACCUCUGCUAAUAUAAAUAUUUAAGGUAGAAUUUAGAAGGGCAGAAUCUUCAGAAGAGCUGUUUACCUCAGAUACUUCAUCAGUCUGUUUGUAUCUUUAGGACCAACACCUCUGCACAAGAGGUCUGAACUUCUCCAGACUUGAAAAGCUACUGUUACAUAAAUCAGCGUAUCAAGGAAAACAAAAACUGGCAAAAGUAACGAUAAGACUUGGGCCUCAUGAGGAGAAAAAAUAAAAAGUGCCUUUAAACAUGUCAGUGUUGCUAAUUAGUGCUAAUCAUUUUUAUAGCCAAGGUAAGCAGUCCAAAUGCGUAUCUUUUUGGUUUGACUGCUUACCAAAACAAUUAUAUCCUUUUGCAUUGACUGAGAACUCUUAAACUAAGUGGAUAUAUUAUAAAAGGAUCAUCAGACUAAAUUCAGCUGCCAAGACAAGCACUUUUUAGUUGAAGAGUUUACCUUGUAAAAAGUAUUUGUUGCCAUUCCAAAUCAGUGUACUUUGUAAAAUGACACCAGCAACUAUUUGUAAAGACAUAACCAAUUAUUAAAUAUAAUCAUUA